CGUGGUCAAAAGUGGGUCAAGAUAAUAAAGUCGAUACAAAUAUAAUAAAGCAGUUUGUGUUGAUUCCGGAAAGUAAAUAAUUAUUUAAGACGUGAUUACACUCAUCCGCAUUUUUGGAAUUUUUUUACAAAAAGACGCAUCGCGGGAUUGCGUACUUUUGUUAUCCCGGCGGUGACAACUCCGUUUGACGGUUGACAGUUUUCCUGUGAAAAAUCAAUAUUUUCAUGAUUUUUGCUCCGAUUUUCGUAUAUGUGUUAUAAUUGAAUCAUUUUCAGACAUUAUAUGAGUUCUAAGUGACAAUGAAAUGGAUGUCCAAAUUCUGGAUAUAUUGUGGUUAUAUUUCCGUUUGUUUACUACUAAAUGCACUAGCGGAAUUAGGUAACCCCUACGAAAUUCUGGGUGUACAUAGAAAGGCGAGUCAAGUGGAAAUAAGAAAAGCCUACAAACAACUAGCGAAAGAAUGGCACCCGGACAAAACCAAGGACCCAUCAGCUGAGGAGCGCUUCGUCAGCAUCAAACAAGCUUACGAGUUGUUAUCCGACCCGGAACGCAGAAAAAAGUACGACGAUAAAGGAAUAACAGAGGAUGAUUUUUACAACAAACCUGAGCACCCCCCUUUCCAAACCAAUAACGCUUUUGACGACAUUUUCGGCUCCCACGGGGCUCAUUUCAACUUUCAGGAGAACGACAUAACGUUUUUUCACAAGUUGUCGAUAACUGCGAGGCAAUAUGACAAAUUAAUUGUUCCAAAGAGCGAGAAGACGCCUCAUUUAAUAUUUUUUUACACUGAUUGGUGUUUCGCUUGCCUUCAAACUGCUCCAUACUGCCGCAAAUUGAUCGACAAAUUGGAACCAUUGGGUGUGAAUUUUGUGACCGUUCAUUCAGGGAAAGAGUCGCUGCUAGCAAGGCGCCUUAAUAUACAUAGUAUACCGUGCAUUGUGUUAGUGCUUGAUGGAAACGUGUUUGUUUACAAAGAGACAAUUACUAGUGUUCAGAAGAUUAUUGAAUUUCUUAGGAAUAAGUUGCCAUAUAAACUCGUUCCGAAAUUGAAGAAUGACGAUGUGGGGGAGUUUUUGAAUGGUUGGGAGGAUAAUAGAGUGCGCGGGUUGAUUUUUGAACCACGACAAAUCACGCGGUUGCGGUAUAUAGUCACUGCCUACCAUUUCAGACAUAGGGUUGCCUUUGGCUUUGUAGAUUCUCAAGAAAUCAGGCGCAAGUAUCAGGUUCCACAAGACAUGGACACGGUGUUGCUUUUCAACGAGAACACUUCCUCCCCCAUGGCUAGUUUGUCAAUGAAAGACAUACCGACUUCCACUUUGCACCAUAUUGUGUCCUCAAAUCAGUACCUUGCACUUCCAAGGUUGUCUUCUCAGGAAGUUUUAGAUGCUUUAUGUCCCUGUGAGUGGAACAAACCCCGCAAGCGCUUGUGCGUCGUUCUGGUGACUAAAACCUCCUCCAGUCACGAUCCUCACCGCCAAUCUUUCAGAAUUUACGCACAAAACUCGCCCUACAACACCGAGAAAGUGCGCUUUGCGUACAUCUACCACGACAAGCAAGCGGAGUUCGUGAAUUCUUUAAUUCCAGAAGGCGAGUUUGUGGAACCGCUGCUGCGGAUUGUGAUUCUGUGGCGCAGAGACACGUCGCACAUCAAGUACGAGUGGAUAACUGACAAGUGGGAGUGGGAGACGAAUUUGAAUCAGACUACGCAAAAAUUGGACAGCACGAUUAGCAGGUUGCUGCGAUCGAGUGAAGCUUUGACGUAUGAAGCGUUCGUUAACGAUUUGUUUGACGAGCACGCGAAGGGGAUCAUUGGACGGAUUGUCGCACGAGUUAGGACUUUCCUUGAGUCGAUUUAUGACGAUUUAGGCAAGGACCAGAUUCUACCAGCCUUGUCUAUUAUUGGAACGAUUAUUUUUAUACUGGCGGUUGGAUAUUUUAUGGCGUAUUUAGUGCGUUUGGAGGAAGAGAGCAUUCAGCAACAAAAAGCCAAAGCAAAAUCCGGAAACAAUAACAAUGACAGCUCGAAUCCUUCCUACCAGCCGGAAUUGCGUCUACACGAACUGCGUGCAGAAAAGUACAACGGUCUAGUGAGACUUUUAAAGCCCGGUUGUCGAACAAUUCUACUGGUAUUGGACAUGCAGUCGCGCCAACAAUUAAUUCCACCCUUCCACAAAUCGGUAUGGCCGUACCGAAAAAAUAAGACAUUGAUGUUUUCCUAUAUGUACAUUGAACGUGGCCUUAGCUGGUAUAAGGAGCUACUUCAGUUGUCCUUGCCAGAAGAGCGUGAACUGAACAUUAAUCCUCGAAAUUGCGUCGGUACAGUGCUGUCGCUGAACGGCCACAGAAAAUACUUCUGUAUGUUCCACGCCAAGCACACCGAGCGCAAGUCAAAAAGCAAGCACAGAGCCAAAAUAACGAAAAAGUUCGACGAGAAAGACUGUGAGAGCGGAACGUUUAUCGGCUUCGAUUCCGAGUCGUCCGAGUCAGAAGAGGAACUUCUGCUUCAAGAAAACCUACUGGACGGUCUGCCGAAUUGGCUAGACCGACUAUUCGAGGGAACAACACAACGUUAUCACAUUAAUUAUUGGCCAGAAUUUCCAAAUAAAUAAAUACCGUUAACACGUGAAUAUAGCAUAUAGAAGUUACAUAACUCAUGUUAUUUGUCUGUUUGUUGUAUUUAUACAUAUCCGUAAUGUUUGUAUAAUUCCACGCAUUUUACGCCUUAUUUCGACUGUUGUUUUUAUGUGGAAAUACGUUUGUUGUGUUCUACUUUCAAUCAUGAUUCUUCUAGUCACAUUCUUAGGAUAGAAUAUAGCUGAAUCGGUUUCGAUAAAUCCAGUUUCAUAUUGAAAUUUUUCAAGUGGAUUGUUAGAGUAGCUUGAAUUUUUAAACGCAAAAGCGGGAGUUCCCAGAAAAUUUUAUGCUUAUUUUCGGUUUUCGGAACUCGUCGUAAGUAAUACUCAUAGAGCCUACUGAAAUUUUAAAAGUUAUACUAGUUGGUUAGUGGUCGCUAGACUUUAAGAUUCUUUUUAUUCAGUGGUCUAUAAAAUAUUAUAUGUUAAUUUAUUUGUGCCAUAUUUAUUUAUUAUUGAUUGGAUAAUUUCAUCCAAACUUUGUGUAUUAUUACCUUGUGAUUCGAAUUUACAAAUAAAGUUGUUUUCAGUUA